AUGGACCACCACGCCCGCAAGGAACCAGACGCCAACAUGACGGACGAAGAAAAAGGACUUCCCGGACCUGGAAAGGAUGCAGAUGUCGAGGUUGCUCAAUCAUGGUCGCUAAAGAAGUUCGCAUCGUUGGGAGUCGAAACUGGAGGCAUUGUUCCUAUUCCGUUGUCUGAGCGAACGAAUACAAGAGUUCAUGGAAUCUUUACGCUAUGGCUUACUAUGAGUGUCAAUUUACUGCCGUAUGUUUACUUGUCGAGACACGUGAACAGGGAUAUGUUGCUAACGGCCAUUAAGANNAUUGUUACUGGUAUGACUGGACCGCUGGGCUAUGGACUUGGACUCAGAGAUUGCUCUUUGAUCAUCCUCUUCUUCAGUAUCUUAUGUACAGUGCCGGUUGGAUAUUUGGCGACAUUGGGACCCAAGACUGGCAUGCGCCAGAUGAUCCAGGCAAGGUUCUCGUUUGGUUACUACCUUGUGUCGGUGCCUGUUAUCCUCAAUCUCGCAACACUUACUGGCUUCUGCGUCAUUGACAGUGUCAUCGGUGGUCAAUCUCUGUCUGCUAUCACCCAUGGCCAUCUGACGCCUGACGUGGGUAUCGUGGUCAUUGCUAUUCUCGCCAUGUUGGUCUGCUUCUGUGGUUUCAAGAUUUUGCACCGCUACGAGCGCUUUGCUUGGAUCCCUGCUCUCAUCGCCAUUGUGAUUGCUACUGGAACUGGAGGCAAGCAUUUGAGCAACCAGGCUGUCCAGCCGAUUCCUGAAGCAGCCACCAUCCUCUCUUUCUCUGCACUCAUCGCUGGAUUCCUCAUUCCAUGGGCAGCGUUGGCUGGAGAUUUUGCUGUCUACAUGGUUCCUGAGGCGUCCAGUGCCAAAGUCUUUGCUUACACGUACGGUGGAUUGUUCUUACCUACAGUACCUCUGAUGGUCCUUGGUGCUGCAAUUGGAGGUGCAUGCCCCAAUGUGCCCUCCUGGCAAGCCGGCUACGAGUCAACUUCGGUCGGUGGAGUGCUAGCAGCCAUGCUCGAACCCGCAGGUGGCUUUGGAAAAUUCGUUGUUGUCCUGCUCGCCUUUUCACUGCUCGGAAACAUCGCAGCGACCAUGUACAGCAUCACGCUCAACUUCCAGCUUCUGCUGCCUUGGAUGGUUAGGGUUCCUCGUUUCUUGUUCGCCAUCGUCAUUACGGCCAUCGUGAUUCCCGUCGCUAUUCGCGCCGCCACCAGCUUCUUCAACAACCUGGAGAACUUCAUUGGUGUUAUUGGGUACUGGGCCUCUGCUUUUGUAGCCGUCGUCGUUAUUGAGCAUGCUUGGUUCAGAAAAUCGGAUUGUUCGGCUUAUUCUCACGAGAAGUGGGAUAAGGCCAGCAUGCUACCUAGCGGUAUCGCGGCUUUGGGAGCUAGUGCUCUGUCUUUUGCUUUGGUCAUCCCCUCGAUGGCGCAAGUGUGGUACACAGGGCCAAUUGCAAAGGUGACUGGCGAUAUUGGGUUUGAAAUGGCUUUUGCGCUUACAGCGUUGCUGUAUGUGCCGCUUCGAUACUUGGAGAUCAGAAUACAGAAGCGAGUGUAG